GCGCGAGCGCGAGCGCGGCGUCACUCCCACAAUGCCCCGCACAAUGGGGCCGCCGGGGCCGGGGCCGCAGCCGCGCCGGGCGGCGCCCGGGGGAACCGGGUAGCUUUGAAACUGGAACAGAUGGCUGAGCUUGUUCAGAGGGAAAGAAGCAAAUACCUGGAGAAAGUGGUAAAGACUCUUGGAACGUGUGCAAAACUCUGAAGCAGGAGAUAGAGCUCAUUUAUACUUUUCAGCACCCACCUCAAAAGAGGUGAAAUACUCAUAGUGUUAGACACCUACAAAGAAAGAUUAUUCUGAAACGCAGGACACCUGCAUCCUGAGAGAUGAAGAUUUUUUGCUAUUAAAGCAGUUUCACCACAGAAGGUUCCAACUGACGGCUGUACCAGGACAUCACAGCCAGAUGCCCGCAGGCUUGAGUUCUGCUUGACAUGGCUAUGUUCUACUAGACCUGCCAUGACGGCAUUCUUCCCCAGUAUCCCCAACUGGAUUCAAGAUGCAAAGCAGGAGGAGGAGGAGGAGGAGACAGGCUGGAAAUUAGUCUCCAGGCCAAGAGGUGAAGAGACUGAAAGUCAGGGAAAAUGCCAAUGUGAAAUAUCGGAGACCUCCUUCCCUAAUGUGGACAAGCUAAGAGCUCACACACUUUCUCAUACUGAGCAGAGACCAUACAACUGUCCUCAGCUGCACUGUGGCAAAGCCUUUGCUUCUAAGUACAAGCUAUAUAGGCAUAUGGCCACUCACUCUGCUCAGAAGCCUCAUCAGUGUAUGUAUUGUGAAAAGAUGUUCCACCGGAAAGAUCACCUGCGCAACCACCUUCAGACCCAUGAUCCCAACAAGGAGGCCCUCCAUUGUCCUGAGUGUGGCAAGAACUACAACACAAAACUUGGCUUUAGGCGACAUCUGGCCAUGCAUGCAGCUGCUAGUGGUGAUCUUAGCUGUAAAGUAUGUCUCCAGACAUUCGAAAGUACGCAAGUCCUGCUGGAGCACCUCAAAGCUCAUUCUAGGCGGGCCUCUGGUGGAGCAAAAGAAAAGAAACAUCCCUGUGACCACUGCGAUCGGCGCUUCUACACUCGGAAAGAUGUGCGGAGACAUUUAGUAGUACACACGGGGCGGAAGGACUUCCUGUGCCAAUACUGUGCUCAAAGAUUUGGGCGGAAAGAUCAUCUGACCAGGCACAUGAAGAAAAGCCACUCCCAGGAACUGCUGAAGAUAAAGACAGAGCCAGUUGACAUGUUGGGUCUCCUAAGCUGCAGCUCAUCUGUAGCAGUGAAAGAAGAGCUGAGUCCAGUCCUAUGUAUGGCAUCCAGAGACAUGAUAGGUGGUAAGAGCUUCCCUGGCAUGUUGCCUGUGGGCAUGUACAGUACACAUCUCCAAACCAUGCCAAGCUCAGGGAUGCCCCAUUCUUUGGUUCCUAAUUCUCUUCCAAUGGGAAUGAGCUAUCCUCUGGAGUCUUCUUCUCCCAUCUCCUCCCCACCGCAACCUCCUCCAAAGUAUCAGCUCGGACCUACCUCAUAUUUGCCUGAGAAACUACCCAAAGUAGAGGUGGACAGCUUUUUGUCAGACUUCCCUGGCAGCCUGUCUCUCUCAUCUGGUGAGCCUCAGUCCUCUUCGCCUCAGCCACCCUCUCUGGACGAGGCUUUGCUUUCCAAGAGCCCUGCUAACCUUUCAGAGGCUCUCUGUGCUGCUAACAUGGACUUUUCUCACCUUCUUGGCUUCCUCCCCCUAAAUCUUCCUCCUUGCAAUCCACCUGUAUCUUCAGGGGGAUUGGUCAUGGGCUACUCACAGGGAGAGACACAGCCACUGCUUACCACUUUGCAACAUCAACCUCAAGACUCCCCUGGAACUGGGGCCUCACUGAACUUUGGUCCCCUUCAUUCAUUGCCCCCUGUUUUCACCUCCAGCUUGAGCACAACCACACUGCCACGUUUCCACCAGGCAUUUCAAUAAGCUGAAAAUAGCACUGGAGAACAGAUCUUUCUGUCACCCUUUUGUGGAGAGCCUUAAAAACGCACAACUCUUACUUCCCUUUGGGGUGUGAAAGCUUUCCAAAGCUGUUUCAGACAGGAGGUUUCUGAUCACUGGAGGGAGCACUUGUAGACUGGAACAGCAGAUAUUCCCAUGCAAGUCCCAGUCCUGUAUAGUGAAAAGAUUUCAUCUAAUAGACUGGAUAUAUUUUAUCUAUUUUUUAAUCUGUGAAUCAGGAGCCACACUUAGCACUGACCUUCCCUAAGAUCCUGGAGCUGUGUUCCUCUUUGGGAAGGGACUGACCCAGAGAAGGAGUUGAGGCUCUUUCAUCUUGGGCUAAACUUUUGAAGAGUCCAGCUUCCAUUUCAUAUUAUCACACUGCAAUUCUGGCAAAAUAGUCAAUACCUCCACAUGGAGGAGGAGGAGAAGUCAGGAUACCCACUCUAUAUGAAGCCAAUGGGGAAGAGGUUGCCCUUCCCCACUACCUCUCAUCCUAUCACCUAAUACAGCUUACUCCACCUAAUACAGCUUACUCCACAUCAGUGUUAAGUAACAAGACCGUUUACACAGUGAAUUCAGACACAUCACCUCAUUUUUCUUUACGGAGCCAUUAGGUUAAACUCAUUACAGUGAACAUUGUUUACACAACGUAAAUCUGUUUCCACCAUUACAAAAAUAGGAGGCAUCAGAAUACACUGGUUUUAUAUCUAGUGUAGCUAGAACACUGUUUACACAAUGAAGUCAGGUUGCACUGAUUUCUCUUCACUUUCAAGUUCUUCCCCCAUGGGGAAAUACACUGCUUUUUUGGACCAUUUCAGCCCCUGCUGCUGUAAGUGGCAGUUUCCUGCGUAUUCCCUCUGGCUAUCCAUAUGCAUCAAGAGGACAGCGCAACUCUCGCAACUUAGCUUAUUUUUGUGGUGUAUGGAUAGAGCCCUUUUAAGUAAAGCAUACAGGCAAAUAGAUCAUGCAUCUGUUCUGGAAACCAAAGGAUGUGAAAAAGCAAGGUGAGGAGCUAGGUAGGGGCUAGCAGCAUCAAGUGCUGUCAUACCAGAACUGUACAAGAACAAACUUCUGACAUCUGUUUUGAAAUGAGGGACAGAAUAUGAAUUUCUCUUUCUUUCUUUCUUUUUUUUUUUUUUUUAACAUAACCAUUCAGUGAGGUCAAUACCAUGCUGUUUGAGCUCAAGAGAUACAAUUUGACCUCCAAUCUAGGAUGAUGACAACCAGGAAUCAGGAGGAAAAAAUUGGUCCCAGGUUCAUUUACACUUUGUCACUGUAUUUGAAACAUUUUCCCCAACACUAAUAGUUCUAACAAAAGCUGAGGGCUUGGAUCUGCAGUUGCCUUUUCACUUAAGAUUUGGAGCCACAAGCUUUUUUGUUCUCUCUUCCUCAAGCCUUGCCUCCUCAACUUAAAUUUCUGCUUCCCUUGCUCCCUGUACCACCUCUUAAAAUUCUUCUAUGGAAUGUUUACCUACUGAUAGCAAAAGAGUUAAACUGUUAAGUGGCACUAACAGCUGCUAAUGAGUGAGCUGCUAAUGUCAUUUAGCAUUUGUAUUGUCUCCUGUUCUCAUUUUCCUGGGCACUUGUACUCAGGAUAGUAACAUACGAAGGUCAAUUUUGCUAUACUUUAGUGCGUAUUUAUGAAUAUAGACACGCAGAUCUUAAUGCCUCAGCGUGCAGGAAUCAUCAUAGGCCAAUAUGAACUAGGAAACCUAUCAAUAUUGUUCUCCAUAAAUUUAGAAAAUGCAAAAUCUACCUCUACUUUGUUAUCUCAGCUCCUUCAAUGAAGUCAGAUACUGUCUUCCCUCCUUUCCUCAGAAUACAUCCAUUUCAGUUAAUGCAUUUUACUUUCUGCUGAGCCAUUGAUACCACAGCAUGAGAUUAGCUGUGCUUUGUUUGUUCAUAGGCUUGUCCCCCUUCCAUUUUACUCAAGAAUUUUAUUUUUAAUUUAGUUUAGUAAUUCUUCCCAGAAUGACUCUUUAGUGAUCCAAUGAUUCUCCAAAACAUAGAUCAAUUGUUUUAGGUUAGCCAGCAAUGCUGCAAAUAAUACUUUUGUAUCAAAAUGUAAUAUAAGAUUUAUUUACCUCAGCAAUAUCCUGUGGCAAUGACCCUGAGUUAAAUGCAGUACUUCCUUCUCUCCACUUAAAAUGUUGCCUUUCAAAGUUCAAUGAGUGCCUUCUUGUUCUCUAACAUAGAAAAGGUAAAUAGAACAUGUCAGCUACUCUUCUGUUUACCAUCAUUAAAUACCUCAAUCCUGUCUUCUAUUGCUUUUCUCUUUGCAAAGUAAAGUGUUUCAUAAUGUUAAAACAUAUGCAAGCCUUAUCCAUCUUCAGUUGAGAGAAUUUAUUUUGAAAAAUAAGUGGUCAGAACUGAUCACUUCCUGCAAGUGAAGAUAUAUCAGAUUUUUGCAAUGCCAUCAUAUAUUUUUUUCUUCCAUUUCAUAACAUUCAGCUUUCUUGCUUUAUGCCUGCAUUGUACUCUGAACAGCUGUCAUCACUGAAUUUCUUUAGCAGUGGUAGCUAAACUUAGAGCCAGACAUCUCUUUCCUACCAGUAGUCUGUCAAAGAAUAAAUGGAAUUCAUUUCACUA